AUGGCGAUUGCCGUUGUUGUGUGUGCAUGGGAGUUUGUUGCUGAGAUGACGCGAAGCAAGGGUGGAGGAGUACAUACCUUUAUGCUCCUUUUCCCACACAUCGCAUUGUUUCUUAUUCUUAUAGCUCAAGUUUUCUCAAUUGUCAAGCUGAGCUUCCGCACACAAAUUAUCAUUAUCACAACAACUAUAGUUCCGAUGACUUUUUAUGCGAUGAUUCACUCGAGCUUCCGCCUUGGCGUUAGUCUCUGUUGUUGCAGUCGCUCGUUAUGCCCUGCAACAUCAUUGUCGAAUUCCAUACCUGAUGCGAGUGCAUGUGGACUCAUCUUGAACAACUGCUAUAUGGCAUUUAUCCGAAAGAUAAUUCACUUUUGUGGAACUGCAAGCUUACAGUCCCCACUCGUUACAAUUCUAUUCGAGACUUUGUUGAGAAGUACUCGACAAACUGUCGGACGAAGACAUUGCCAGACAUUUCUAGGCAAAACCCGUUCAGCGUAG